AUGGCUCAACGUCAGCUUUCGCGCACUCUCCCGAAGAACUUCACCUUCCCCUUCCUAGAUGACGAUGUGCCCAAGACCCCGGAGCGCCCGAGUACCAAGAUUGAAGUUCCGCCUCCACCUCGUCAUUCUAUCUCUAGUCUCCGCUUGCCUCGAGUUCGGGCUCGCUCCGGCACAGAUGUAUGCGCGCGCAUGGAUCUCGACCUUUUCCAGUUCCGAGGCUCAGAUGUUCCUCUUCCCUCGAUUGAAUUCCCUCAGCCUAACAAUGCGCUUGAGGCGCCUUUCCUCGGCCAGUCCCCCCAAGAUGAGAGAUUACUUGCGCCACCUCGCGCGCGCAUGAAUUUCAAGACACCUCCCGCGCAGAUCCGCGGCACACCUUUCGAUGCGUGCGAGACUGGAAGCCCAUGGCCAGCCUGGGAUCAGACUCCUGGACCCGUCAAGCGUCCAGACUCUGUUUGCUCGAGUCUGUCUGACUCGUCUGUUGAAUCUAUUGAGACAUUUGCCUCGCGGCCAUCUGUUGGAAGUUGUACCAGUGUGGAAAGUGACCUGUUUGACCCAUACUUCCCGCUCGAGUUCUCAAAAGAAACCGAACUUGAGUCGCCUUCGCGACGCAAAUCAUCGAACGCGUUCAAGUCUGCAUCCGACAGGGGCUGGACCCGCGAGAUGGAUAACCAUUUGUGGAACACUUAUCAAAUUUAUCUCCAAGACCCCACUAUGACUCCCUUCAAGAUGACCCCGGGCAGCAUUCCUCCCCUGGGAGUGACUUCGCGUGUUUCGCGCCGUGCUAAGAAGACGUGGGAUAACAAGCGUACUCGCAUGGCCCAAUCUGUCUCGAUGAAGUCUGCUGAGCCUGGAACUGGAACCCCCAAGGCCACAACUGAAGCAUCGCAGCCAAACUGGCCGAAGACCGACGCCAAGACUCGGCGUCGUCUUAAGGCUCUUUGCCGUCGCAAGUUCUCGAUUUCGCCCCAUUACCAGCGCAUCAUGCAGUCACGUACCCCUGAGCCCACGGAACUGUCCGCGCCCGCAGAUACCCGCCCUCCCGCGUUCGCAGAUAACUCUGCUUACACUACGCGUGAUCUUGGUGUCUCUCUCGUCACCUCGAAUGAUUCAAACCCCAUCGCUCGCGUUACACAGGACCUGCCGCCAUUGCAGCCAUGGAACACUUACUCGUUCAAUGACCCUGUGCCAGCCAACGUCGAGCCCGAAAUUGUCCCAACCCCCAGCCAGCAUCUCCGUGUUCAAUCUGCUCACAGUAUCCCUCGUCUGGGAUCUCCCUUUGUGUACAGCACCUGGGGCCCAGGUGGAUCAAAUCGCCAGGUCAAGAGCAACAGUACGCCUCGUCGCGAGACCAUCCAUGCCCCGGGACGUCGUACGCGCCGCAACACAUACCUGGAGCAGUCUUUGCGCAAUGCUGAUGAUGUAUUCACCAACGCCCAGAGCGAGACUAAGAACGCCGAUGAAGAUGUCGACCGUCGCCUUGAGGAUUACCUUCGUGGCAACAAGCUCCAAGACGUGGGUCAUGGCCGAGUCCGUCUUCGCAACCGUGGCGCUACGACUGGUGGAGUCAACCCUCGAGAUGUUGUUGACCAGCUUUUCUCCCCGCCCUCGUCUCUCAACUCAGGCCCAAUUGAACCUGAAGAGACCACUCCUGUGAUGAAGCCACCUGUCCACCCCUUGUUAGACCUUGGUGAAAAUAUCAAACGCCUUGGUUCACCCUUCAAGGUUGAAGGUGCAUACAAGCGCCGCGAAGCUCCGAACAGGUUCAUCAGACAUGCACCCUCGCUGUCCGAUCCAUUCUCGAGCGGCGGCCCAUCCUACGUGAGACCCACCAACGAUACUUCUCCAAUGCAAAUAUCCCCCACUCAAGCACCCGAGAAGACGUCGGCUACUCUACCUUAUGAUGCAUUCGAGGAGGGCCUCUCUGAUGCCGAGCGAAUCCGCCGGCAAAUCUUGAAUAUGCCUUUCACGCGCAACUAG